GGUUAAAAAGACCUUUUGCCUCUCCCCUCCCUUCGAGAAAUUUCGCGGCUUCGUCUCGUUUCUUAAACACCCCCCAGGAGAGAUUCUACGCACGCGCCGCCGGAGGAGAAGAAGAUCAGCGUGGAGGAGCAGCAGGAAAAAAAGAGAGAAUCUCUUCGUUUCGAUCGAAUUGUCUUAGAGAUGGUGACAGGCGCGGUCUCCGCCAUGGCGGCGAAACAAGCCGAGCGGUUAAAGGAAGACGGCAACAAUUGCUUCAAGAAAGAACGCUUCGGCGCCGCCAUCGAUGCUUACACAGAGGCGAUAACGUUGUCACCGAAGGUUCCUGUGUACUGGACUAAUCGAGCUCUCUGCCACAUGAAGCGAAAGGAUUGGACUAGGGUUGAAGAGGAUUGUCGCCAAGCUAUUCAGCUUGACCACGAUUCUGUUAAGGCACACUACAUGCUAGGACUUGCGUUAUUGCAGAGGGAAGAAUAUGCUGAUGGAGUCAAGGCGUUGCAAAGGGCUUUGGAUUUUGGAAGAGGCGCAAAUCCAACAGGGUAUAUGGUUGAAGAAAUAUGGGAAGAGCUUUCUAAAGCAAAAUACAUGGAGUGGGAGCUGCUUUCCGCAAGACGCUCGUGGGAAUUGAAUAGUUUGAAGGAAACUUGCGUGGCUGCUCUUAAUCAGCAACGUGCUUUAGAUAUGUCUCGAACAGAAGAGUCCUCGGAAGAAGACUACUCUUCACAUACCGAUCAACUGAAAGCUCUUGAUCGAGUGUUUGAGAAAGCUGCAGAAGAAGACAAACCAACUGAGGUGCCAGAUUACUUGUGUUGCAACAUCACUCUUGAGAUAUUCCGGGAUCCUGUGAUUUCUCCAAGUGGGGUUACAUAUGAAAGAGCAGCAAUCCUCGAACAUAUUAACAAGGUGGGAAAGUUUGAUCCUAUAACUCGUGAGAAACUCGACCCAUCCAAGCUCGUUCCAAAUCUGGCUAUCAAAGAGGCAGUGGCUGCGUAUCUAGAGAAGCACGUCUGGGCUUACAAAACGGGUUGUUGAUUCAGAUGGGCCUUGAACAUACACACAAUGAAGCGGGAGAGAUAUUGAGUUUAACUACUCAGUGUUUGAACAAAACAGACUUUUGAAGUUACCGUUUUCAGUUUUGUGUGUUUUCUGCUAGCCAAUGGUUCAAGUGUAAGAUACUCUUACCUUGUAUAUAUAUAUAUAUAUUUAUUUUGCACACAA